GGGAGCCUCGGCUGCUCGGCGGCUCUGAGCGCGGAGCAGCGGAUGCCUGUGGAUCACCGGGACGGAGACCCCGGAGCCAUGGAGCACUUCUUACUGGACGUCGCGGCCGCGCCGCUGCGGCUAAUCGCCGCCAAGAACGAGAAGAGCCGUAGCGAGCUGGGUCGGUUCUUGACCAAGCCGAUCACAAGUUGUGAGACAGAAGUUUAUGGGUUUGCAUUGCGAUAUUUCAAGGACACUUACCCAGUCUUUCAAAGACUCUUCCUAGAGAGUUCAGAUGCUAAUCCAGUCCGUUACGGGCGUAGGAGGAUGAAACUCCGGGACCUAAUGGAAGCAGCCUACAAGUUUCUACAGCAAGAGCAGUCUGUUUUCCGGGAGCUCUGGGACUGGAGUGUUUGUGUUCCUCUCCUCAGGAGCCAUGACACCUUGGUCCGCUGGUACACAGCUAGUUGUCUGGCUUUAGUCACUUGUAUGAAUGAAGAGCACAAGUUAUCUUUCCUGAAGAAGAUUUUUAAUAGUGAUGAAUUGAUCCAUUUCCGGUUGAGGUUAUUAGAAGAGGCCCAGUUGCAAGACUUAGAGAAAGCCUUAGUUUUGGCCAAUCCACAAGCCUGCCUUUGGCGUAAGGAGAAUGAGCUACAGUAUUUACAAGGACAUGUGGUGUCAGCCGACCUCUCCUCUAGGGUGACAGCUGUCUGUGGUGUGGUGCUACCGAGGCAGCUGCCAGCCUCUGGAGAACAGGCGGAUAAUAGGAGUUCUUCACGUGAACAGAAACUGGCCCUUUGGUCGUAUGUGUUGGUUGAAUCUGUCUGCAAAAAUCUUCAGACCUUAGCUAUGGCAGUGGCUUCUCAUCGUGCUGUGUUGUUGGAAGGACCAAUUGGAUGUGGCAAAACUUCCUUAGUUGAAUACUUAGCUGCAAUGACAGGUAGAAGAAAGCCUCCUCAGCUUCUCAAAGUCCAGCUUGGUGACCAGACUGAUAGUAAGAUGCUGUUGGGGAUGUAUCGUUGCACAGAUGUUCCUGGAGAGUUUGUGUGGCAGCCUGGCACCCUGACACAGGCAGCCACAAAGGGUUACUGGAUUCUUCUGGAGGAUAUUGACUAUGCCCCUUUAGAUGUGGUUUCUGUGCUGAUCCCUCUCUUGGAAAAUAGAGAACUUUUGAUUCCUGGCCAAGGUGACUAUUUGAAGGUGGCUCCUGGCUUUCAGUUUUUUGCAACCCGGAGACUCUUGAGCUCUGGAGGAAAUUGGUAUCGGCCACUUAAUAGUCAUGCUACUUUGCUGGACAAAUAUUGGACUAAAAUUCACCUAGAUAAUCUGGAUAGGAAAGAACUGAAUGAGAUUCUUCAGAACAGAUAUCCAGCUUUAUUGGCAGCAGCUGAUCACCUUCUCGACAUUUAUAUCCAACUUACUGGAGAGAGGUAUCAUUGUGAGAGUGAUAGUACUGUCAGAGAUGAACCCCAGCAUGUUUCACAAACUACCACAGAAGGCAGAAGACUAAUCCUUGAGGGAAGAGAAUUGUCUCUAAGGGAUCUACUGAAUUGGUGCAAUAGGAUUGCUCAUAGCUUUGAUAGUUCAUCUUCAUCAGCGUCAUUAAGUAUUUUUCAAGAGGCCCUGGAUUGUUUCACAGCAAUGCUUUCAGAGCAUUCAAGCAAACUGAAAAUAGCAGAAGUUAUUGGAAGCAAAUUGAACAUUUCCAAGAAGAAGGCUGAAUUCUUCUGUCAACUUUAUAAGCCAGAAAUUGUGAUCAAUGAGCUAGACGUGCAAAUAGGUCGUGUGAGGCUUCUUCGGAAACAAAGUGAGGCUGUGCUGAUACAGAAGGAGAAGUUCACAUUUGCUGCCACUCGUCCAUCCUCUGUUCUCAUUGAACAGCUCGCUGUGUGUGUCAGCAAAGGGGAGCCUGUAUUGCUGGUGGGAGAGACUGGAACUGGCAAAACCUCUACUGUCCAGUAUUUGUCUCACAUUACAGGCCACCGUCUAAGGGUUGUCAAUAUGAACCAACAAAGUGAUACUGCAGACUUGCUAGGAGGUUAUAAGCCAGUGGACCAUAAACUUAUUUGGCUACCCUUACGUGAGACAUUUGAGGAGCUCUUUGUCAAGACCUUUUCUAAGAAACAAAACUUUACUUUCUUGGGACACAUUCAGACCUGUUACAGGCAGAAACGCUGGCAUGAUCUUCUCAAAUUGAUGCAGCAUGUCCACAAGUCUGCUGUUAACAAGGAGGAAAAGGAGAGUGAGACAGGAUUACUCCUAAAGGAGAAAUGGGAAGCUUUUGGUCUUAGACUCAACCAUGCCCAACAACAGAUGAAAAUGACUGAAAAUGCACUAUUGUUUGCAUUUGUGGAGGGCACUUUAGCUCAGGCUAUAAAGAAAGGAGAGUGGAUCUUGUUGGAUGAGAUUAAUCUGGCUGCUCCUGAAACAUUAGAAUGUCUAAGUGGCUUGCUUGAAGGUUCCUCUGGCUCCCUAGUGUUGCUGGAUCGAGGCGACACAGAACCACUGGUUCGUCAUCCUGAUUUCCGUUUAUUUGCAUGCAUGAAUCCAGCUACUGAUGUGGGCAAAAGAAAUCUGCCACCAGGAAUAAGAAACAGAUUCACUGAACUUUAUGUAGAAGAAUUGCAGUGUAAAGAAGACUUACAAAUUCUUAUUCUGGAUUAUCUAAAAGGAUUGAGUGUGAGCAAGAACAUUGUGCAAGGAAUCAUAAACUUCUACACAGCUUUACGGAAAGAAUCUGGUACCAAAUUAGUGGAUGGAACUGGCCACAGACCUCACUACAGCCUUCGGACUCUCUGCAGGGCCUUGCGAUUUGCAGCUUCCAACCCAUGUGGCAGUAUCCAGCGCUCUCUAUAUGAGGGCUUUUGUUUGGGUUUCUUAACACAACUUGAUAGGACAUCACACCCUGUGGUUCAGAAGCUUAUUUGUCAACACAUUAUCUCUGGCAAUGUCAAAGGUUUGCUGAAACAGCCUAUUCCAGAGCCCAAAGGAGGUCGGCUCAUCCAGGUUGAAGGCUAUUGGAUUUCAGUGGGAGACAAGGAGCCUACAAUAGAUGAGACAUAUGUUCUGACAUCUUCUGUUAAGUUGAACCUGAGAGAUAUAGUCCGUGUGGUCUCUGCUGGAACCUAUCCAGUGCUGAUUCAGGGAGAGACAUCAGUUGGUAAAACCAGCUUGAUUCGGUGGUUGGCUGCAGCCACUGGCAACCACUGUGUACGAAUUAAUAAUCACGAACACACAGAUAUUCAGGAGUACAUUGGUUGUUACACAUCUGACUCUUCGGGGAAACUUGUUUUUAAAGAAGGUGUUCUUAUUGAUGCUAUGAGAAAGGGCUACUGGAUUGUCUUAGAUGAAUUAAACUUGGCUCCUACUGAUGUAUUGGAGGCACUAAACAGACUAUUGGAUGAUAACCGUGAAUUGCUUAUAACUGAAACCCAGGAAGUUGUUAAAGCACAUCCUCGAUUCAUGCUCUUUGCUACUCAAAAUCCACCUGUUUAUGGAGGCAGAAAAGUGCUCUCCAGAGCCUUCAGGAAUCGGUUUGUAGAACUGCAUUUUGAUGAAUUGCCUAGUUCUGAGUUGGAAACAAUCUUGCACAAGCGAUGUAGUUUGCCUCCAUCCUAUUGCAGCAAAUUGGUUAAAGUCAUGUUGGACCUUCAGUCCUACCGCAGAAGUUCUUCGGUGUUUGCUGGAAAGCAGGGCUUUAUCACUCUUCGUGAUCUGUUCCGAUGGGCUGAACGAUAUAGAUUGGCUGAGCAGACGGAGAAGGAAUAUGACUGGUUGCAGCAUUUAGCCAAUGAUGGUUUUAUGCUUUUAGCAGGCCGAGUCAGGAAGCAGGAGGAGGUUGAUGUGAUUCAAAAAGUACUUGAAAAACAUUUCAAGAAAAAAUUAUGUCCCCGAUCUCUUUUUUCCAAAGAAAAUACCCUAAAACUAUUUGGUAAAUCAUCUAUCAAAAUAUCUACAUUUGAUUCUAUGUUUGGCCAUAUUGUGUGGACUGAGGCCUUGCGGAGACUGGCUGUAUUAGUGGGAAGGGCAUUGGAAUUUGGUGAACCAGUGCUACUGGUUGGAGACACUGGGUGUGGGAAGACUACCAUCUGCCAAGUGUUUGCAGCCUUGGCUAAUCAGAAACUUUACUCCGUCAACUGCCACUUAAACAUGGAAACAUCAGACUUCUUAGGGGGACUACGGCCAGCAAGACAGAAGCCAAAUGACAAGGAAGAAAUUGACACGUCCAAACUCUUUGAGUGGAAUGAUGGACCUCUGGUUCUGGCCAUGAAAGAGGAUGGGUUUUUCCUCUUGGAUGAGAUCUCACUGGCUGAUGAUUCUGUCCUAGAAAGACUUAACAGUGUCCUUGAAGUAGAAAAGUCUCUGGUAUUAGCUGAAAAAGGCAGCCCAGAAGGCAAAGACAAUGAAGUAGAAGUGUUGACUGCAGGAAAGAAUUUCCGAAUCUUAGCAACUAUGAACCCUGGGGGAGACUAUGGAAAAAAAGAGUUGUCUCCUGCCUUAAGAAAUCGAUUUACAGAAAUAUGGUGCCCUCAAAGCACAAGGCGUGAAGAUUUAAUUCAAAUAAUUAAUCGAAAUCUCCGCCCAGGAUUGUCUCUAAGCAGAAUAGAUCAUAAAGGAGCUGAUAUAGCUGAAUUGAUGCUGGAUUUCAUUGACUGGCUGACCCACCAAGAGUUUGGCCGAAAGUGUGUGGUCAGUAUCAGAGAUAUCCUGUCCUGGGUUAAUUUCAUGAACACAAUGGGAGAGGAAGCAACUAUGAAAAGGCCAGAGAGCAUCUCCACUGUGACAUCUUUUGUCCACGCAGCAUGCCUGGUGUACAUAGAUGGAAUAGGUUCAGGAGUAACUUCUUCUGGGUUCGGUACAGCACUCUUGGCUCGUGAAGAAUGUCUAAAAUUCCUAAUAAAGAAACUUUCCAAGAUAGUCAGACUUACAGAAAGUCAGAAAAAUGAAUUAAAGAUUUAUGAUAGACUCAAAGCCAAAGAAUUCACUGGGAUUGAGAACCUUUGGGGAAUUCAUCCAUUUUUUAUACCAAGAGGACCUGUCCUGCAUAGGAAUAAUAUUGCUGACUAUGCACUCAGUGCAGGCACCACAGCUAUGAAUGCCCAGAGGCUCUUAAGGGCUACCAAACUAAACAAACCCAUUCUCCUGGAGGGCUCUCCUGGUGUUGGCAAGACAAGUUUGGUGGGCGCAUUAGCGAAGGCUUCAGGACACAACCUUAUUCGAAUCAACCUGUCAGAGCAGACGGACAUCACUGAUCUCUUUGGAGCAGAUCUACCUGUUGAAGGUGGCAAGGGAGGAGAAUUUGCCUGGCGUGAUGGCCCGUUGCUGGCAGCUUUGAAGGCAGGAGAUUGGGUGGUGUUAGAUGAGCUUAACCUGGCUUCUCAGUCUGUACUGGAAGGACUUAAUGCUUGUUUUGACCAUCGAGGAGAAAUCUAUGUGCCUGAGUUAGGAAUGAGCUUUCAAGUACAGCAUGAGAAGACAAAGAUUUUUGGGUGUCAGAAUCCUUUCAGACAAGGAGGCGGGAGAAAGGGCUUACCCAGGUCUUUUCUUAACAGAUUCACUCAGGUUUUUGUGGAUCCCCUUACAGUGAUUGACAUGGAAUUUAUUGCCAGUACUUUGUUUCCCGCCAUUAACAAAAAUAUUGUUAAGAAAAUGGUAGCUUUUAAUAACCAUAUUGAUCAUGAAGUGACCGUUGAGAAGAAAUGGGGACAAAGAGGAGGUCCCUGGGAAUUUAACCUCCGAGACCUGUUCCGCUGGUGUCAGUUGAUGUUGGUUGACCAGUCCCCUGGCUGUUAUGAUCCUGGUCAGCAUGUCUUUUUGGUCUAUGGUGAAAGAAUGAGAACCAGGGAAGACAAGGAAAGGGUCAUCACUGUAUUCAAGGAUGUGUUCAGUUCAAGUUCUAACCCUUAUAUGGGAACCAGACAAUUUCGUAUCACUCCCUAUGAUGUUCAGCUUGGCUACUCAGUCCUUUCUCGUGGCAGCUAUGUUCCUCACCCAGUCCGGCAGCCCCUUUCACUCCUGCAUCAGUCAUUGCAGUCUCUGGAGUCCAUCAUGAAGUGUGUGCAGAUGAGCUGGAUGGUCAUCCUUGUAGGGCCAGCCUCUGUAGGCAAGACCAGCCUGGUCCAGCUUCUUGCACACCUUACUGGCCACACAUUAAAGAUCAUGGCUAUGAACAGUGCAAUGGAUACUACUGAACUACUAGGUGGAUUUGAACAGGUUGAUAUUAUACGACCUUGGAGGCAGCUCCUAGAGAAGGUUGAGAGUACUGUGAGAGCUCUGCUCAGGGACAGCCUCCUCAUCAGUACUGAAGAUACAGAAAUAGUGCUACGGGCCUGGAGCCAUUUCCUUCUAACAUACAAACCCAAGUCUCUUGGAGAAGAUGGUAGAGAGAUCUCCAUGGAGAUCGUCAACAAACUGGAAGCAGUUUUGUUGCUUAUGCAGCGACUCAAUAAUAAAAUCAAUUCAUACUCCAAGGCAGAGUUUGCCAAACUUGUGGAAGAUUUCCGAAGUUUUGGAGUGAAGCUUACACAGUCUGCCAAUGGUUGCAGCCAUGGAGCAUUUGAAUGGGUUGACAGCAUGUUAGUUCAGGCCCUGAAAUCUGGAGACUGGCUUCUCAUGGACAAUGUUAACUUCUGCAACCCAUCAGUCUUGGAUCGUUUGAAUGCUUUGCUCGAACCUGGAGGUGUCCUUACAAUUAAUGAGAGAGGACUAAUAGAUGGAUCUACUCCCACAAUUACUCCACAUCCCAAUUUCAGGCUUUUUCUUUCUAUGGAUCCAAUUCAUGGAGAAAUAUCUCGAGCUAUGAGAAAUCGUGGACUUGAAAUCUACAUUUCAGGAGAUUGGGAUGAUAUUAUCCCAGACAACAUGGACAUGAAAGUUCUGCUGCACAGCCUUGGGUUGGUGGGAGACAGUGUGUGUGACAUCAUACUGGGUUUCCACGCAGAGAUCCAGAGGACUUUUGUAGGUUCUCCAACCUCUUCUGUGACUACUCUAAUUCAGACAGCUGUACUCAUUGUGCAAUACCUGCAGCGUGGGCUAAGCUUAGACCAAGCCUUUUCAGGGGCAUGCUGGGAAAUGUAUGUCCGCUCUCAGCAUUCAGCAACAAAUCAGAAGCUUGUAAAGGUUUUGCUGGAAAAAUGUGUUUCUUCUCUGCAAGCACGGAAAACCUGGGGAAACUGCAUUCUAGCCACAGGGUUGUGGCCAGAUUCUGUUCCAUCAGCUCUGUUUGCUACAGAAGAUUCUCACCUAUCUGUUGUCCGAAGUGAUGGACAGAUCCUGGCACACUGCCUCAACAGGAUGAGUGUGAAAACCAGCAGCUGGGUGAGGAGUCAGCCUCUUACCUUGGAAGACUUGGAGAGAAUUAUGCAGUCUUCUAACCCUGAGAACCUAAAAUUCAGAGCAAUAGAACUAGAUCCUUACUGGAUUGAUGAACCACAUGUUUUGACCCUAGCUGUUAAUUUGCUCAUAGAAAGAGCAACCAAUCAGGAUUGGAUGCUUAGAGUUAAAUGGCUUUAUCAUUUAGCCAAGAACAUACCACCGGGACUUGAAUCAAUACAGAUUACUUUGGAAGCCAGUGCUACAGCCCUUAGGAAUUUUUACUCAAAUUCUCUCUCAAUUGGGAUCAGUAAUGUCUUCAAAAUAUUGCAAACAAAUGUAACAGAUGACUUUGUGAUUCCUUUGGACCCACGAUGGAAUAUGCAGGCUUUGGACAUCAUUAGGAGUUCAAUGGAUUUGGACCCACAAACAGACCAAUCUGAGCAGCUCUUUGCCCUUCUAGAAACAGUGGCAAACAAGACAAUCAUGUAUCUUGACCGGGAAAAACGAAUUUUCACUGAAACGAAUUUGCUAUCUGUUGGUAGUAAAAAGUUAAGAAAUAGUGUUUUGAGAAUGUCUUUUGAAUUCCACAAAGAUCCAGAGAGCUACCACAGCCUACCCCAUGAAAUUGUGGUCAAUCUUGCUGCAUUUUUUGAAUUUUGUGAUGCACUAAUCCUGCUCUGGGUACAGUCCCCUCAAGGGAUGCUGUCUGAUGCUGAUUUCAAUAAGAUCUUAGGUUCUGUGCGGUGGCGAGACCGGUUUUGGACUGUGGCUGAUACAGUAAAAGUGGAUGCCCCAGGUCUGGCUUUGCUUGCCCUUCACUGGCACUGGGUUUUAAAACAUUUGAUCCAUCGAAUGCCCCAACUCCUGAUGAAUCAUGAAAACAAGUAUUACAAAGAGAUUCAAACUGUCUCAGAUCAUAUUCAGAAUUGUCUAGGUAGCCCAACUGGUGGCUUCACUGGUAUAAAGAAGUUACAGAAAUUCCUGGGACGACCAUUUCCUUUUAAGGACAAGCUGGUGGUGGAAUGUUUUUCACAACUGAAAGUCCUUCACCAAGCCCUUGCCCUCAGAGAGUGGGUGCCUGUGCUUACAGAGAGUGGAUGGCAAGAAGAUAUUAAUCGUCUCCAAGUGAUUGUUUAUGACUGGACAUUAAAGAAAAGUCUCCUGCGGGCUUGGGGAUUGAUCCACAGAGCUAAUACUCUUAAUGAUGUUAACUUAGAUGAAUUGCUGAAUCUUGUAAACACGCAGUGUUUAAAACUAAAAGCCAAAGGACUUUCACUUGGUUUUCUGGAGAAAAGUCGUGGUGAAGCUUCUUCCCCACCACAGCCAGAUUUCAUGUCCUUAAUCCAGCUCACCAGGACUGUUCAGCUAUGGCCUGCAAUGGACUACCUGGCUGUGCUUUGGCAGUACAAAGUGACAGCUGAUUUUAUGGCACAGAUUUUUCUGAGAAAGUCUAACCAAAAUCAGCAACCCCAAAUAUUUGAGGAGGUAAAUCAUCAUAUCACAUUUUGUCUUAAGUACACACCAGUUUCACCUCAAGAGCUUCAAGACCUUUGGUCUUUGCUGCAUCAUCCAAAGAUGUCCACUGAAGAAGUUACUUGUUUGUGGUCUGAGUUAUUGAAUUCCACAUUCAAGUCUUUCUGGAAUAGUACUGUGACCACAAAUCCAGAGUACUGGCUAACAUGGAACCCCCUGUUCUAUAUUCAGCAGAAGGAAAUGCCCAACUCAUUUUUGGACACCACAUUAAAGGGCCCUGGAAUUCUUUGUAGAGCUGUAUUCUCCAAGUGCUGCUUUGAUGUGUUGACCAGCAGCUGCAGAGCAAGCACCUGGGAUGUGAGCGGCCUCCCCAUCCUGACCUCUUCACACGUCACCCUCGGGGAGUGGGUUGAGAGAGCCCAGCAGCUCCGAGACAUUUGCUCGUUGCUUUGGACCAACAUGGCUGUUCCUUGCAUAGCAGAGUUCAGGCACACAGAUUGCCAGCUCCAGAGACUAGUGCUAUGCCAGCACCUGGCAGGCCUAGUAGACCUGUUACCAGAGCCACAGCAGCAGGAGUACAUGCAGAAUUGUGAGCAGUUACUUGAGGACAGCAAGGCUUUCCAGCAUGUAGGUCAGAGUCUUCGGAACAUGUCUGAUCAGGAAGCAUUGCCCAAGGAACUUCUGUGUCUCUUGCUUACCUCCCUACACCACGUAUUUGGAGAAGGGGAAAAUAAGAACCUGCCUGAGCCAGCCCAACGUGGGAGCAUCUGGGUGAGCCUUGGCUUGAUCCAGAUCCAGACUUGGCUUCCCCAAGCACGCUUCGAUCCUGCAGUGAAGAGGGAAUACAAGCUCAAGUAUGCCAAGGAAGAGUUAUUCCAGCUGCAAUGUGAGUGGAAGAUCCGGAACCUGGCAUCCCAGCUACAAACUGGAAUGGACCUGGAAGAUGAUGCCAUUGUCAAUUACUCUCAUCCUCAUACCAGGUUACUUCGCCAAAGGAUCAGUCAGCUGGAGAAUUUAAUCCACAGCUUAUCAAAAAAACAAGCUUUCAGACCUCAGCUUCCUACCUAUGAGUCCCUUGUACAGGAGAUACACCUCUAUGUCACCAGCGUUGCCAAGGUUGCUGCCGUUCAGGAUUUGCUUACAAGGCUUCUGCAGUCCCUCUGCACAGAUAGGCCACGGUCUGCCCAGGUCAUCCAGAACCUUCUGAAAGAGGAGGCUUCCUGGCAACAGUCACAUCACCAUUUCAGGAAGCGGCUAGUGGAGGAGUAUGCCCUAUAUCCAGACACCAUAGCCCCGCUGCAGGCAGCCAUCUUGCAGUUACAGCAUGGCAUGAGGCUGGUGGCAUCUGAGGUCUAUUCCUCCCUCCAUAGCAGUUUGAUCUGUGCAAAUAGGCUGGGGACUCUGGCCAUGGCCGUGCUGGCUUUCCCAUCUGUGAACCCCACGUUCCCCACCUACUAUGCUCAUGCUGAUGCUUUGUGCUCAGUAAAGUCAGAGGAGGUCCUGCGAGGCCUUAGGAAGCUGACUAUCAAGUGUUGGGGAGGAAAAGAGCAGGAGGACAAGGGCCAGCAACCUUAUCCCACUCGGGAACAGUUACUGAUGAAUGCCCUCCUGUAUCUGCGCUCCCAUGUGCUAUACAAGGGAGAGCUGAACCAGAGGGCCCUGCAGCUCUUCAGACACGUGUGUCAGGAGAUCAUCAAUGAGUGGGAUGAGCAAGAACGCAUAGCUCAAGAGAAGGCAGAGCAGGAAACCAGCUUAUACCGAUUCCGGAGGAGCUCUCACGCAACUUUGAGUGAGGAGGAAGAGGAGGAACAGGAGUUCAGAAAAUGUUUCCCACUACAUGAAAAGGACUUUGAAGAUAUUUUGGAAAAAUCAACAUUAGAGGAGAACAAAGGAACCUCAGCUGGGCAAGAAGAGAAGGCAGUCACAGACUUAGCUCUCCUCUCUCAGAGUUCAAUGCAGAUGGUGAUGCUGAUCCACCAGCAGUUGUGCCUCAACUUUGCUCGGUCCCUGUGGUACCAACAGACUGCACCACCACAUGAAGCAAAGCACUAUCUCAGCCUGUUUCUGUCUUGCUAUCAGACUGGAGCAUCUCUUGUGACACAUUUCUACCCUCUAAUGGGAGUUGAACUGAAUGAUAACCUCUUAGGGAGCCAACUUUUGGCCUGUACCCUCUCCUAUAACACCCUAUUUGGAGAAGCAAUUUCAGACCUUACAGUGAAGACUGAUGGACCCUAUGAUUUCUACCAGCACCCCAAUGUGGCAGAGGCAAGGCAGUGUCAACCUGUGCUUCAAGGCUUCUCAGAGGCUGUCAGUCAUUUGCUACAGGAUUGGCCGGAGCACCCGGUACUUGAGCAGCUACUGGUUGUAAUGGACAGAAUUCGUAGUUUCCCGCUCUCCAGUCCUAUCUCAAAGCUCCUGAAUGGCUUAGAGAUCCUUCUGGCAAAGGCACAGGAUUGGGAGGAGAAUGCAAGUCGUACUUUGUCUUUGCGGAAGCAUCUGGAUUUAAUCAGCCAGAUGAUUAUUCGGUGGCGUAAGCUGGAGCUGAAUUGCUGGUCUAUGAGUUUGGACAAUACUAUGAAGCGCCAUACUGAGAAAUCCACAAAGCAUUGGUUCUCCAUUUAUCAGAUGCUUGAGAAGCACAUGCAGGAACGAAUAGAGGAGCAGGAAGAUGACAAGCAGAUGACUCUAAUGUUGUUGGUUAAUACACUGCAAGCAUUUAUUGAAGGAUCCUCACUGGGUGAAUUCCACGUGCGACUUCAGAUGUUACUGGUGUUCCAUUGUCAUGUCUUGCUGAUGCCACAAGUUGAAGGAAAAGAUUCACUUUGCAGUGUUCUAUGGAAUUUGUACCAUUAUUACAAGCAAUUCUUUGACCGAGUCCAGGACAAAAUUGUGGAACUUCGUUCCCCCCUAGAAAAAGAACUUAAAGAGUUUGUUAAGAUAUCGAAGUGGAAUGAUGUCAACUUCUGGUCUAUUAAACAAUCGGUGGAAAAGACACAUAGAACCCUCUUUAAAUUCAUGAAGAAAUUUGAAGCUAUCCUGAGUGAACCUUGCCAGUCUUGCCUGGUGGAAAGUGACAAGGAGGAACAACCUGACUUUUUGCCCAGGCCAACAGAUGAAGUCACAAGUGAACUGUCUUGCAUUCAGAGUCUGAACCAGGCACUGAAGGAGACCCUAUUGGCUCGGUCAACCACUGGGCAGGCCACAGUUCCAGAGCAUUGUCAGAAUACUGGUCUUUUCUCCGUGGAAGGGGAGCUUCUGCGUCGCUUGCCAAAGCUCUUGAAACGAAUGAGAAAGAUGUGUCUGACAUUCAUGAGGGAGAGUCCCCUGCCUAACCUAGUAGAAGGCCUCGAUCAAUUCACUGGUGAAGUGAUUGCCUCUGUAAAUGCGCUGCAAAGCUUAAAGGUGGAUCACUCUGCAGAGAGGGAGAAGCAGCACUCAGAAGCCAAGCACAUUCUCAUGCAGAAGCAGCGAGCUCUAUCAGACCUCUUUAAACACCUUGCAAAAACUGGUUUGUCAUAUCGUAAAGGUCUUGCUUGGGCUCGUUCAAAAAGUCCUCAAGAGAUGCUUUAUCUUCACCCGUUAGAUCUUCAGAGCGCAUUGUCUCUAGUCAGCAACACUCCAGAGGCUGAUGCUACUAGGCUUCUUACUGAAAUAUCAUCUUCAUGGGAUGGAUGCCAGAAGUAUUUUUAUCGAUCUCUUGCACGACAUGCCAGGCUUAAUGCAGCCCUAGCAACUCCUGCUAAGGAGAUGGGCUUGGGCAACAUUGAGAGGUGUAAAGGGUUCUCAGCACAUUUGAUGAAGAUAGUCAUCCGACAACGCCGCUCCCUGACCACUCUGACUGAGCAGUGGAUCAUCCUCAGGAACCUCCUCAGCUGUAUGGGGGAGAUUCACAGCAGGCUGACAGGACCCCUGGUCUAUCCUGUGGCCUUCCCACCUCAGGAUGGUGUGCAGCAGUGGACAGAACGGCUCCAGCAUCUAUCCAUGCAGAGCCAGAUCCUGCUGGAGCAGCUUUCCUUGUUUCUCCAGUGCUGUCCAAGUUCAGGGCUGACUACAGACCAUGGUGAUGGUCCUGUGCAGGGUCAGCCUUCUGCCCUUCUGGAGGGAGAAGAACUGGACAAGGGACCACUAGCCAGAUCAGUACCAGACCUAAUUCUUUCUGACCUGAAAUGCCCAUCCCCAGUACCUGGAAGUCAGCUGCCCUCUGGUUGCCGGAUGCAGAAACACGACCAGCUUUGGCAACAGUCUGUUGCAAGGUUAACAGAGAUGCUGAAAACCAUUAAAACAGUGAAAACUGAGGUUGACAAAAUUAGGCAGCAGUCCUGUGAGACUCUGUUUCAUUCUUGGAAAGACUUUGAAAUUUGCUCUUCGGGGCUGAAUUGCCUGUCCCAAGUUUCAUCUCAUUUGCAAGUCCUAGAAUCCCUGUUCAUUCUUCCAGGGAUUGAGGUUGAGAAAACAAACCCACAAAUGGCAUUAUUUGAAAGCCUGAAAUAUGUUAGAGGAGAAAUCAAUAAAGCUAUAGAUGACUUCACCACUUGGAAAACCUAUCUGCUUGUUUCAGGCAACCAAGGAGGAAACCAAAUGUUGGAUGAAAGCUUCGUUGAAGAUUUUUCAGAGCAAAUGGAAACUGCUAUCCGGGCAAUCCUGUGUGCUAUCCAGAACUUAAAAGAAAGAAAAAGUAAAAAAGCAGAGGAAAGCACUGACCAAAAAGGACUAGUAGAUGAUGAUGAGGGAGCAAACUUCGAGAGACUACAACCAGGACAUCUAACAAAACUCUUAGAGGAUGACUUCUGGGCUGAUGUGAGCACUCUGCAUGUGCAGAAAAUAAUAUCUGCUAUCUCUGAGCUGCUGGAAAGGCUGAAAUCCUACAGUGAGGAUGGCACCACAUCAAAGCAUAUGUUCUUCAGUCAAUCCUGCCACUUGCUAGUGCGUCUGGUGCCCAUGCUGUGCAGCUUCUCAGACCUUGUCCUCUUCUUCCUGACCAUAUCUUUGGCAACUCACCGAAGCACUGCAAAGCUGCUCUCUGUCCUUACCCAGGUCUUUGCAGAGAUCACCCAAAAGGGAUUUUGCUUGCCCAAAGAACUUAUGGAAAACUCAGCAGGAGAGGGAGCCACAGAGUUCCAUGACUAUGAAGGAGGUGGAAUUGGAGAAGGCGAGGGCAUGAAGGAUGUGAGUGAUAAAAUAGAAAAUGAAGAACAGGUAGAGGAUACAUUUCAGAAGGGUAAAGAAAAGGAAAAAGAAGAUUCUUAUUCAAAGUCUGAUAUUAAGGGAGAAGAUAAUGCCAUUGAGAUGUCAGAAGACUUUGAUGGUCAAAUGCAUGAUGGAGAGCUGGAAGAACAAGAAGAGGAUGAUCAGAAAUCAGAUAGUGAGGGCGGAGACCUGGAUAAACAGAUGGGUGAUCUCAAUGGUGAGGAAGCUGACAAACUAGAUGAGAGGCUUUGGGGUGAUGACGAGGAGGAGGAAGAGGAGGAAGAAGACAGUAAAACUGAAGAAACAGGACCAGGAAUGGAUGAGGAAGGUUCUGAACUUGUUGCUAAAGAUGACAACUUAGAUGCUAGGAAUUUGAACAAAGAUAAGCACCACCAAGAUAAAAAAGGAGAAGAAGAAGAAGAAGCAGAAUCUGAUGGUGAUGCACAAGACCAAGACAAAAUUAAUGAACAAAUAGAUGAGAGAGAAUAUGAUGAGAAUGAGGUGGACCCUUAUCAUGGCAAUCAGGAGAAGUUACCAGAACCUGAGCCCUUGAACCUUCCAGACGACUUGAACCUUGACAGUGAAGACAAAGAUGGUGGCGAGGAUACAGACAAUGAGGAAGGAGAAGAAGAGAACCCUUUGGAGAUCAAAGAAAAAGCAGUGGAUACCGAAGAAACAAGCCAUGAAGCUGAGGAAAUGAAAGAAGUGACUGAGGCUGAGCAGAAUGAAGGUGAAGGUCCACAAGAGUCUGAGGAAGGCCCCGCUGAAGAUGACAAGGUCAAAGAGGAGGAAGAGAUGGACACAGGGGCUGAAGACCAAGAUGCUGGUGAAGAAAACUCAGAGCAGCAGCAACCGUCUUUGGAGGAAGAAGACAAAGCAGCCACUGAGGAAGGUGGAGAAAAUGAUAGCAGCACUGUUGACCAAGGUCUCCAACCCCAGGUGCAGGAAGAAGGGGAAAAGUCUGAUACAGAGGAGCAGAUGCCAGAGACCACAGAAAGGAAGGAACAUGCCUCCUGCGGGCAGACUGGUGUGGAGAAUGUGCAGAGUACACAGGCUGUGGAGCUAGCAGGGGCUGCGCCUGAGAAGGAACAAGGGAAAGAGGAACAUGGGACUGGAACUGCGGAUGCUAACCAAGCAGAAGGCCAUGAAUCUAAUUUCUUUGCCCGUUUGGCCUCCCAGAGACACACCAAGAAAAAUACACAGAGUUUUAAAAGGAAGCCUGGACAGGCUGACAAUGAACGCUCCAUGGGUGAUCACAAUGAGCAUGUACAUAAGAGAUUGAGGACUAUGGACACGGAAAGUCAGUGUGAACAGAAGUCAGCUGAGUCUGAGGCCCAAGUGGAAGAUGCAGAUGCAUUUGAGCACAUUAAACAAGGCAGCAACACAUUCGAUGCACAGACCUAUGAUGUGGCCAGCAAGGAGCAGCAACAGACUGCAAAAGACUUCAAUAAAGAAGAGGAAACAGAGGACGGCCCCAUGGACAUUGAGCAGGAGGAAGAGCUCAGAACAGAAGACAAAGAGCAGCUGAAGCCAGAUGAAGUCAAAUCAGGGACCAGGGCGGCCUCCAGCUUUGAGGAGAUGGAGCUUGAGACCCAAACCAUUAAAACAGAUGAGGACCCCAGGACAGACAGAUCCCACAAGGAAACAGACGAGAAACCAGAGAGAAGCCGAGAUUCAACCAUUCACACACUCCAUCAGUACCUCGUGGAUACAAUUUUCCAACCCUUUUUGAAAGAUGUCAAUGAACUAAGACAGGAGAUGGAGAGACAGCUGGAAACAUGGCAGCCACAAGAAUCUGGGAAUGCAGAAGAAGAGAAAGCGGCAGCUGAGAUGUGGCAGAGCUACCUGGUCUUAACUGCUCCACUCUCACAACAGCUGUGCGAGCAGCUUCGCCUCAUUUUAGAGCCUACACAGGCAGCCAAGCUGAAAGGAGACUAUCGGACAGGAAAGCGACUGAACAUGAGGAAAGUCAUUCCAUACAUUGCUAGUCAAUUUCGGAAAGACAAGAUUUGGCUUCGAAGGACCAAGCCCAGUAAACGCCAGUACCAGAUUUGUUUGGCUAUUGAUGACUCUUCUAGUAUGUUAGACAACCAUACCAAACAGCUUGCAUUUGAAUCUCUGGCAGUGAUUGGAAAUGCUCUCACCCUCUUGGAAGUGGGUCAGAUUGCAGUGUGCAGUUUUGGAGAAUCAGUAAAGCUGUUACACCCAUUCCAUGAGCAGUUCAGUGAUUAUUCUGGGUCCCAGAUACUACGGCUCUGCAAAUUUCAGCAAAAGAAAACCAAAAUUGCUCAGUUUCUAGAGGCUGUACCCAACAUGUUUGCAGCUGCUCAGCAACUUUCACAUAACAUUAAUCCAGAAACUGCACAACUACUCCUAAUAGUCUCUGAUGGCCGAGGCCUGUUCCUUGAGGGCAAAGAAAGAGUCUUGGCAGCAGUUCAGGCCUCUCGGAAUGCUAACAUCUUUGUUAUUUUUGUUGUGUUGGACAAUCCAAGCUCACGGGAUUCUAUCUUGGACAUUAAAGUACCAAUAUUUAAAGGACCUGGAGAGAUGCCUGAAAUCCGAUCCUACAUGGAAGAAUUUCCAUUCCCAUUCUAUAUCAUUCUUCGCGAUGUGAACGCACUUCCUGAGACACUCAGUGAUGCCCUCAGGCAGUGGUUUGAGUUGGUGGCAGCUUCUGACCAACCCUAGAACAGACAGAGCAAUCCAAAAUGAGACUAGGCCUUCCAAACAAGACAUUCGCUUAUCUUUACUUGAUCUGAUUUUUUAAUUCAUCCGAAGCCUACAAAAACGUUAUUGCAAUGUACAUUUGUGUUUUUAAAAUAUAAUACCUAGAGAAAACUCAGUUCCUUGCUGCACCUCGACAGUGAAAGAGCAGCAGUGUUCCUAUCUCAUAGCUGAGAGUACAGGGAACCUAGCACUUGCUCUAUUCUUGCAGGGGCCCCGGACACCUUUCCUAAUGGCUGUCUGUAGCAGGGGGUUGGGCUACCUUUUUGACCCUAUAAUAAGUUCUGCCUUGCCAAGCCCAGUGUGGUCCUCACAUAGCUAGUUUUCUGGAGAGCUUGACUUUGUUUCCUUAUCAUGCUGAUUGUGAAAAGUACUGCCUUCUCUUUGAGGCAGGAGGCUUAGGAUGUUAUUGUUCUUACAAAGCAACCAAAUGUUAUGGGAGCCCAAGUGCUCUGCAAAGAUGACCCUUGUGCUGCAUAAAAACAAAGUGGCUUUUUAGUAUCGCCACUUCCAGAGACUAUGCAAUGAUGGGAAGAUGAUAUUCCCUUUAUUUCAUUCUCUUCAGUGCCAUAGUCCUGUUGUAAUUUAUUUUAGGUUUUUUUUUUUGUUGUGUUUUUUUUUUUUAAACAGUUAAGGGGAAGAAUCAUUCCUCACACUGCUUUCAAGCUGCACAAAGCCAGUCUUAUUCUGGAAAAGAAAUGCUGUGUCCACAGGAACUAAGCAGCUACAUCUUUUUCCUCUUCAGACAAAACUUGUCAGUGGUUUUAGGGCAGUUUUGAAAGCAGUGCUUGAAUACUUGAAACUGUAUGCUGUGUCUUUAUUUAAUGUUUUGUCAGAAUGUUCUUUUGGAGGCAAUGUGUCAUGCAUCAUCUAUCUCCAUGCUGUUUUCAAGUUACACUGUGAAGUCUUCCACCUUUAUGCGGUGGCCUGAGACACAGACUGCUUGUUUAACCAAGUGUCCUAAAGCAUGUACCUGAAGUUAUAUCAUUUUUUAUUGUAAAAAGCUACGCAGCUUAUAUUCUGAAAACUAUUAAAACUUAUGCCACUAUUGAGGCAA